AUGGUCACUUCUGAAGGACCCAAACCAACAAAGGCAUUGACCUUCUCCUCAUUGCGGCAUAACUUCACUAGCUUGGCUCAGCGCGAUGGUUUCAAAGAUCAGUUGCGUGUUCAUGGGAUUCGAGGAGGUAUCGCCAACAAGAUUGACCCCAAGGCUUCUCAGGCUACUCGCGGUCAGGCUCUCGAUCACCAGAAUCAUGACACCUAUUUAAAAUAUCAGUCUUCUCUCAAGGCACUGGAUAUACAGGCCUUAUUCUAUGAUUUGGAGCCUGACUAUGAAUGCCGCGAUAUGGAACAAAGCAUGUCUCAUCACCGAGACUCGAACGUGCCACUCCAACUGAAUGCAGCUACGAUCGAAAAAUUCCAAACCGACGAUGAAAUUGUUAAGAUGAAUCAGAGAAUUGCCCACAUGACCCAGGAGAUUGCUGGAGGAUUGGAAGAAAAUAGGGACCUCGUGUUUGAACGGGCUCGUCUUUAUAGCAAGAAAGCAAAAAGAUUGCUAGCCUGGAAGAAGGAUUUUGUCAAAAACUGGUGGGAUACUUCAUACGCUGAGUAUGUGUCUGGGAACGACUUCUCCGAACGCGACUCAACACCUCUUUUCGACAUCUACAAGAAAUAUCUACCAGAGCGCUCUCGUCUCAGCGAGAAUCUAUUGAAGAAGGCAACGCUAGAUAGUGAAAUUGGUCGACAGUGCCUGGAAGACAUGGUCACUAUUUGCACUUCGACAGAACGUACCGUUUACUAUCCCGGCAUGGCCCCCGAAGAAGGCUGCUGUCCAAUUUGCAAUAAGUCCAUACUAGAGUGA